UUCGCUAAUGCCACGCGCAGUUAUGGAAGUAUAGGCUCUUUGAUAUGUCACUCACGAGGUUGGCGGUCUGGUAGCAAUGAGCUGAAAUUGGAUUUCAAAACUUAUUGCACCUUUGGCUCAUCAUUACAACCACGGGAGUCCUCUUUAGGGAAACACGACGUCUCUAAGUAGCUCUACUGAAGAGCCACACGGCAUUGAACCACGAAUUAAGGCAUUAGCUCCGUCUGUCCCCUCAAACGAGUUAUGAUGCAUCUAUCACUGAUGACAAGGAUAGCCCUGACCUGUGUUUUUCUAGGCAUUCACGCUCUAUCAAGUGAUACAAGACUUUCAGGGUACGAUAUUCUAACAUCGGGACUUCCUUUGGAGGUUGAUCCAAUACUGAACCCCAACACCGUUUGUAAGAACACACCGUCUUUGAACAGAGAACAACUGGAACUUUGUAAAACGCAAGCCGAUGUUGUUGCUAGCGCGUUACAAGGAGCCCAAAUGGCGGUACAUGAAUGUCAACAACAGUUCGCAUACACAAGAUGGAACUGCUCGUCCUUGGAGACCAAAAACGGCAAUCCCUUGACGAGUGACUUAUUAGCUAGAGGUUUCAGAGAGACAGCGUUCGCGCACGCUAUUAUAUCUGCCGGCAUGACACAAGCAGUUGCAACAUCUUGCAGCGCGGGUAAACUUGGAACAUGCGAAUGCGACAAAACCGUCAAAGGAGAGGGUCGGGGCUGGAGCUGGGGUGGAUGCAGCGACAACGCUCUUUACGGUGCCGUGUUUACUGCCGAUUUUAUGGACUCUCGGGAAAGAGGGACAGAUAUAAAGUCGCUGAUGAACCUCCACAACAAUCGAGCAGGACGUCUGGCUGUUCUGGAUAACAUGAAGACUAAGUGUAAAUGCACUGGUGUGUCCGGCUCUUGCACUAUGAGAACUUGUUGGAAGACUGUUCCAGAAUUCAAAGAAGUCGGAACAAUUCUUAUGGAGAAUUACGAGUAUGCCGUUCUCAUUCGAGCGAGCAACAGAAAUCGCGGCAAAAUACGACCACGUAAAACAAAGACAGUCAAACAAUAUGAGUUCCAAAGAAAUCUAGUCUAUUACGAGCCCUCGCCAAGUUACUGCAAUAGAGACGACUCGAAAGACAUAGCUGGGACUAAAGGAAGAAUGUGCAAGGUUGAUUCUCUCGGAAGCGACAACUGUGACACUCUUUGCUGUUCAAGAGGAUACAACAGGAUACACGCUACUAUAAAAAGAAGAUGUCGCUGCCAUUUCAACUGGUGUUGUUUUGUAUUGUGUGACGAGUGCGUGGAGAAAGCGUGGGUGACCAUCUGCAAAUAGUAGCGUUAGCCUCUUCUUGACUCUGCUAUAGUGUAAACAUAUCUAUCACAGUAUCAGUUGGAAAAAUCCUGUUCUCGCUUCGUAUUAGAAGACAGUUUCCCCUUUGAAAACUAAGUCUUUCUUCCGGCGGUUCGUCCACCUGAGUACCCAUUUAGCGUUGCGAGGCUCCAUUAACAUUCCAAACUGACAGUUAUUCUAACACUAUAUGCACGAGAAAAACUUUUACCAAAUAUGAGUUGAGAUGGAAUUUAAAGAAUGUUCACCUAUUUUGAAAGUAAUGUUCAGAAAGUACAAGACAUGCUAUCUGUAGUUACAAGCGCAGUAUAGAUAUAACUGUAUGGAAAAGUUAUAGUUUUGCAACCGGAGAACGAGAAACGUCAAGUUUUUUUCAACCUGGAUUUUGAUAAUAAAUGGUAUAAAAUCAGAAAACUUCACAGACCGGUCAUUAUUUAUCGCCGGGGAAAAGGAGGGGGCAGGGGCGGAGGAUUUUUGUUGUGUCACCUAAGGUUCUACAGUAUUCUAAUGGUUCCCUUACUGUCAGUCAAUUUUCUACAGUCCCCCUUUAUAACGAUGUAAUUUCCUCCAUAAUCCUCUGCUCCCCCCUCACCCGCGAUAAAAAAUGACUGGUCCCUUGACCUUGGUUCCUAUGGGGCCAUUUGCGAUACCCUUAUUAAGUUUGGAUAUCAUUUAGAAACGAGCAAAACCUCAUUCUUGUUUAAAUUGGUUGUUGUUAUAAACAAAGUACUGUUACCAGUGGAAUGAUCGUAACAAAUUUAAGAUAACCGAACAGAUAUGACUGGAAUCUUAGAUGAGAAAUUGAGUGUUAGCAGCCACUAUAUGCACUUUGCAAGGUAAUCCCCGCCCGCCCCCCAGUCCCCGACCAUUUCAAUGUUUAGAGCUUCAGAGGGAUUUUUGUAUAGCAUAUUGACAACAGUGGGUAAACCGGGCUUGGGAAGUGGGGCAUCAGCAUUUGCAAAUCUCACUGCAUCGACUGACUAUAUAAUUUGUUAUCGACACUGAAUAAUCAAUUGCUUGUUAUAUUAUCUUUGUGUGACUGAGUCAUAAACUCAUAAUUGGUCAUAUAUAAUAUAUAUAUAUAUAUAUAUAUAUAUA